AUGGCAUUAAUUCACAAUCAAAAUGACAUCCAAAACAUGUUUAGCAAGGCUGGCAAAAUCACUUCAGAAAAGUAUAUUGUCUUCCAAAGAAAAGAUGAAAUUAUCAACAAUAAACCAAGAUAUCAUAACACCAAAUCCUUAUCAGUUUCAUCUCCUGAAGAACCCAACCUAUAAUCAGAAUAGAAAACUACAGAUCUCCUAAACAAAAAGCCAGAACAAAUUACUGAAACAGAAGUCGUCCAACGCAAAAAUCAACUCAAACUCUCGUAACCCUUCUCUAAACAACUCUCUCGACAAGUCGGACAUUAUACCAAACUCAGUAAUGAUAGCAAACCCUCUUGUGGUCAAUAUCAUGUCAAGUACAGUGAAUUAGAUAAGUAUCUCCCUUCCUUAUUAUCAACAGAGCUGUUCAUUCCAUUCAUGAUUAUGACAAAUCUCUAAAACAAACUACUUCCAGAGACGUGCAAGGAAAACUUGGGUAACCAGAAUGCAUUGAGUAACUCAUUAUAGCAUCUAUUCAAGCAAACCUAUUGUUGAUCGACCUAGAUUUUCUCGUACUUGUUUCACAGAUCUAACCAGACAAACUCAAAGGUAAUCAAAUAUUUCCUACUGAAUAGACCUGACAUCUUCUUUGGAAGACCUACUCCACAUCCAGAUAGAUUCACAUUCUUGAGUGUCACCAAUUCUUGGAGUAAAAUCCCAAGAACUCCCAAUGUUCAAUUGGACAAGUAAUUGUCAAGAGAUUAAAUGAUCAUUUAUAAAAAGAAAUAAUUUGCCCCAGAUUAUCAUCCCAAUUUUGAAUUCGGUAGAAAGUAUUAUAAAUAUUCUAAUCUCAAAUAGACAAUUAGGUAGUUGUGGAGCUCCUUUUGAUAAACUCGAAGUAAGAAAGGAUAUUAUGACCAAAAUACCUCCUUAUAAUAAUGAGGCCUAUUUUGAAUUUGAUGUCUACUCAAAAGAUCCAUAAAGCAAAUUAUUUAGAAAUCCUACUGCUCCCAAUUUUGAAAGAAUGCUAGAAAGGGAGUGCGAUGGCAAGUCAUUGUUACCCAGCUUUAUGUAGGUAAAUAAUUCAUUAAAAACAGAAAUACACCAAUACUCGGAUGGGGAUUGCUCAUUUGAAUCAAAAAAUGUUAGAAGUCAACAAUUUUAGAGAUGGUAGAUUUCAAACUGUGACUACAAGUUUUGUCCCAUCGAAAUUAAAAAAAAAAUAACAUCUUGAUGAAUCCAGCGAAGAAAUUGAAUAGAUUGAAGACUAAUAAUGA